AUGAAUAGGUUGUGCUCAAGUCGCUUUUCCAGACGUCUCAAGACACGUUUCCCCACCUUCCUCGCUGCAGUGGACAGACGGAAGCUCAAGACAAAGGCAAGACGAGGGACAAGCCGUGGAAGGCGGUUCAGUGAGAGCCAGCACGUGCAGGAGCGACAGCAGGAUAUAGAGUCGUAUGGUGGGUGUCUCGCACGUGUAUCGCAUGCUGGAGAUGUGUCGCAUGGUAAUGGGUGUAUUGCAUGGAGCUGUAGCUGUUUCCACCCCCACCACUUGCAGGUGUUGCAGUGGUGGCUUUUCAAGGAGCUCAAAGAUGCACAGGGGCAGGCAGAGGUAGCAGCUGACGCUGACAACUCCUGUCUCCCCACCCACCCCCCUGUUCCAGUCUCGUUCAUUCCACCCCAGGCGUCGCGGUCACGGCUGUUCAAGGAGUUGAAGGAGGCGCAGCGGGAGGCACGGGUUGCAGCUGACGCUGACAACCCCUAUCUCCCCACCCACCCCUCUGUCUUAAUCUCGUUCCAUCCCUUCCUCUCGUUCAUUCCAUCACAGGCGUCGCGGUCGCGGCUGUUCAAGGAGUUGAAGGAGGCGCAGAGGGAGGCAAAGGGAUCAGCCGAUGCUGACAUCAUCCUGAGCUGUGAUGAGAGCAACAUCUACAGAUGGACGGCCCUCAUCAAGGGCCCAGCUGACACGCCUUAUUACGGAGGGCAAUUCACCCUCACCAUCAACGUGCCCCAGCAGUACCCUCUUGUUCCGCCCCAAGUGCGGUUCGCUACCAAGGUCUUCCACCCCAACGUGCACUUCAAGACGGGGGAGAUCUGUUUGGACAUCCUCAAGACAGCAUGGAGCCCAGCUUGGACCCUCACAUCCGUGUGUCGCGCCAUCAUCACUCUCCUCUGCCACCCCGAGGCCGACAGCCCACUCAACUGCGACUCAGGCAAUCUGAUUCGAGCAGGUGACAACCGGGGCUAUUGCUCCAUGGCUCGCAUGUACACUAAACUCCACGCCAUGCCGCCCGCUGCCAGAUGA